AUGCUAAAGCAAAGAUGGUUUAUGCGGUCGCUCUCGACAAUCCUUCCUCGAGCACCGUUAUCAAAACAAAUAUUGAAAUCUGAACCUACAGCUGAAUUACUCGAAAAACUAUGUUUCUUUAAGAAGACCCAGAGUGGUAUUUUCCACAUGUUACCUGCUGGGAUGAAGACUACCGAUAAAUUUAUUGGAAUUAUACAGGAUAAAUUACAAACAAAUAAUGAUGCUUCAUUGGUUUCUUUAAGUUCUUUAUCGCCUAAAUCGUUAUGGCAAACUACUGAUCGUUGGGCAAAUUCAGAAUUGUUUAAAUUGAAAGAUAGUAAAAAAAAUGAAUAUUGUCUAGUGGCAACUUGUGAAGAAGAUAUUACUGAGUUGAUGAAAAGUUUUAUUACUAGUUAUAAAGAUAUGCCUGCAUUAGUGUAUCAAGUUGGUAAAAAAUAUAGAGAUGAAUUGAGACCACGGUCGGGUUUAUUAAGAGCAAGAGAGUUUAUUAUGAUGGAUGCAUAUUCUUUUGCUAGUGAUGAAAGUGAUGCCACAAGGAUGUUUGAAGAUGUAAACAAGACUUUUCUUGAGAUUUUCCAGGAAUUAAAAAUACCUGUGGUACGAGCAUAUGCAGAUAGUGGUGAUAUUGGUGGUGAUCAAAGUAUUGAGUAUCAUUUGCCAUUGAUUGGUGGAGAAAGUACUAUUUUGAGUUGUAAUAAUGAUAGCUGUAAGCAUGUGGCUACAGAUGAAAAAGCAUUGUCUUACCCUGUUGAAGAAGGUCAAUUCACUGGAGACGUCUGUGUCAAAUACGGAUUAAGUGAGGAUCACACUACAUUAGUAUGCUAUUAUUACCCCAAAGGUAGGCAAAUUAAUUGGAAUUUAGCUAAAUUAUCAGUAGAUGAUGAUAUAGAUUCCUCAUUACGUGAUUGUUCAAAUCAGGAAAUUACUGAUCUUUUCCAAAAGGAAAAUGAAGAUAUGAUGUUUACAAAAGUGUUAAGAGUCAUGGAUAGUAGAAUAAAUUCACGUUCAAAUUUCCCAGAUUUCCCAUUGAAAAGUUAUUUGAAAAAUAAUUUUGGUCAAAUCGAUGGUGUCUCUAUAGUGACCGCAACUGAUGGUGAAAUAUGUGGACAAUGUAAUGAGGGUACACUCGUAAGUACCAAGAGUAUCGAAGUAGCACAUACGUUUAAUUUAGAUACUAAAUAUUCAAAACCAUUGUCACUAAAAUUCAUGGAUCGAGAAAAUAAUUCGACCCGUCUUGUAAAGAUGGGUUGUUAUGGUAUCGGUGUCACUAGAGUCAUUGCCUCCAUUGCAGAACUGACUAGAGAUAUACAUGGAUUAAGAUGGCCUGUUGCGAUUGCUCCUUGGUCGGUUUCUAUUGUCUCGACACCUCAAGGUAAAAACUCCGAGACUGAUAAAAAUUAUGGUAAAAUUGUAUCACUAUUUAAAAACAAGGAUCCUAAAUUGGCUAGUAACAUCAUGACCAAUCUUAACAGAACAGCAAGUAUGGGUACCAAUAUUUCAUUAUCUCAUUCGAUUGGUAUUCCUUUGACAAUUAUUGUAGGGAAUAAAUCAUGGCCUAGAGUAGAAAUUGAAGUAAGAGGCAGAAGAUGGAGCGGAACCGACAUAUGUAAAUGGGAAGAAGAGUACCCGCAUUUAAAGGAAGAAUACCAAUGGGAGGUGAAUAAUGCAUCGCCUAUCGACCCAUACCACGAGAAGCAUAUUGUUUUACACAAACAUGUAGUUGAUGUUGUCAAGUUACUAUUGCAAGACCUCUAA